AUGUCCAGAGGCGGACGCGGUGGCUUCGGCCGCGGCGGUGGUAGAGCUGGCGCAGGCUCCAACUUGCCACCCAUGGGACUCAGCUUCCAAGAACUCGGCAGUCUCGACAAGACGCCCUCCAAACUCUACCCUGAACCGCCCACAGUGCCACGUAUGGAGAGGCCAGACGACAAAGAGCUUCGAUACGCAUCUUACCAGCUCAUGUAUCUGCAAGAGCAAAAGACUUCCGCAUACUGGCCCACGCUAGAACAGCGAAAGCAAGGAGAGCUCACUCGCUUCUCCGAUCGAUACCGUCCCGAAGCGCAGGACCUGCCUUCGCUCAAAUCCAUCAAUCUGCAGAAAGAGGUCUUCCCUAGAGGUCUCUGGGAUAGCUUCAUGGAGGGCGAGACCAAGCGAGAGGAGCAGAAAGCGAAGAAAGCGGCUCGUCGCAAGAUCAACUGGGAGUCGAUCGAUCUCGAGGACCGCGCCGGUGCCGAAGACGACAUUGGCGAAGCCUCGUCCGAGCCCGAGGACCUCGGCGACUACGAGGACGAGGUGGACGAUGACUAUGGCGAAAACUACUUUGACAACGGCGAGGACGACGACAUGGGCGAUGACGACGGAGGCGAGCCAGCUUACGAUUAG